AUGUCUCAAAGGAAGUAUGCCUUGGAGAUGAUCUCAGAGGCUGGACUCUCUGGUUCAAAGCCCAAGAAGACUCCAAUGGAACAAAAUUUGAAGCUCGCAAGCACAAAGUUGGAUAAGAUAGUAAAUGAGAAUGUUGAUGACACUAUCUUGGAAGACAAAAGUCUUUUUCAAAGGCUAGUUGGAAAGCUUUUGUACUUGACAAUCACAAGACCUGAUAUUGCAUAUGUUGUACAAAGUCUAAGCCAAUUCAUGCAUGCACCCAAGAAGUCUCACUAUGAGGCUACAUUACAUGUUGUGAGAUAUCUCAAGGAUCAGCCUGGACUUGGUCUUCUCAUGUCAAGCAACAGUACAGAAAAGGUUCAGGGAUUCUAUGAUUCAAACUGGGCAUCAUGUCCCAUGUCUAGGAAGUCCAUUACAGGGUUCUGUAUCAAGUUGGGAAGUUCCCUCAUUUUGUGGAAGGCAAAGAAGCAUACUACCAUCUCAAGGAGCUCAGCUGAAGCUGAAUACAGGAGCAUGGCACACAGUGGCAGAAUUGACAUGGUUCAAUGCAAUUGCUUGACUAUGGCAGACGUAGGGCCUCAUUUUGACAGUGCCAUGAUCACGACUGCCCUGCCCUGGCCCAGGAUCACAAUAGGGAGGAGUUUGAUGCGAUUGUGA